AGACACCCAGGAUCUCCGGAUGCGACUGUCACAGGGGAAACAUGCAUUAAUCAUCCCGGUUUACACAAUCAGCGCGGUGAGCAGGCAGGAGGAGGGAGCGGUGCAGACACCCAGCUGCGGGGGAGACGCGAGCAGCGCCGGGUUUGAGCGGAUCAAAGGUGUAACGGUCAUUUCUGUCACCCCCUCCCUCCCUCACUCCCUCCCCUCGGUGUGCGCGCAUGUGACGGAGAAGUUUCCUCCGCUCCGCGCUCUCAGUCCGCCGGGCGCUUCUUGCAGGCGAUGGCGCGUCCGCGUCCCCGCGCACCACCACCACCAGCGAUGCCGUGCCAGCAGCUCCGCCGCCUUUCAUGAGAGAAAACGGACCCAUUAAAGAAAAAAGUCUCGCCAUGGCUGAAUCUGGAGCGAAGACGCACCGACAAGACCCCGCGUCAAACGGAAGCUGCAGCGUGCCAGACGCCGUGAAGCGGCUGCAGGACGAGCCCGGCGGCGAGUCCCCGACCUGGGAGAGCGCCGGCUGCGAGACAGCGGCGCGCACAUUCAUUCCCCGACGCAGCAGUCUCAUCAAGGAUGGCUCACGUGUUGGUCGGGAGAGGAAGACCGUCUCCUUCAGCAGCAGUCUUUCUGAGAAGAAGAUCAGCAGUGCUGCUGACUGUAUCCACUCCAUGGUUGAGGGGAGUGAGCUGAAGAAAAUCCGACCCAACUCGCGUGUUUACCAGCGAUACUACCUUCUGGAUGCAGGCCUCCAAGCGCUGUACUGGGAACCCUCCAAGAAAGAAUCAGACAAAGCUCGCAUCUCUCUUACCUCCAUACGUGAGGUACGGACGGGUCGUAACACGGAAACAUUUCGCACCAGUGGAGUGUAUGAGCAGAUUUCAGAGGACAAUGCGUUCUCCAUCAUUUAUGGAGAGAUGUAUGACAGCUUGGAUCUGGUGGCUAACUCUACCGAUGUGGCUAAUAUUUGGGUAACUGGUCUCAGGUAUCUCAUGCAGUAUGGAAGACAUGCCCUUGACAUGCUUGCCAGCAGUCAGGACAGUCUUCGUCUUCGCUGGCUUGAGCAGUUGUUCUCCUCAGCUGCUGAUUUGGACAGACAGACCAACGCUGAGGAAGGGAUUCCUAUGCAGUCAGCGGUUAAACUCAUUCAAGGCAUGAAUCCUGGUGUGAGCAGUGGCAAGGUGGAGCACAGAUUUAAAGAACUUCAAAGAGUUAGAGAUAAGACAUGCAGACCUACAGCCGAUAACGGAUGUGAUUUUAAAGAUCGCAUUUUAAACAAAAGGCCACCUGAAAGGAAUCAGCAAGUCACCAAGGAGGAGUUCAUUGAAGUCUUUCACGACUUUUGCACACGCCCAGAGAUCUACUUUCUUUUGGUUCAGUUCUCAAGCAACAAAGAGUUCCUGGAUGCCAAAGACAUGAUGAGGUUCAUCGAGGCUGAACAGGGCAUGACUCAAGUGAGUGAGGAAACCAGCCUGACACUUAUCCAGUCCCACGAGCCAUCGGAGGAAGGCCAGCAGCAGGGAUACCUGUCACUGGACGGCUUCACCAGCUACCUCACUUCAGCAGAGUGCCACCUCUUUGACCCAGAACAUGAUGUUGUUAGCCAGGACAUGUCCCAGCCUUUGUCCCAUUACUACAUCAACUCCUCCCACAACACGUACCUCAUUGAAGACCAGUUUCAAGGCCCCUCUAAUAUCUCCGGCUACAUUCGUGCCCUCAAGAUGGGCUGCCGAUGUGUGGAGAUGGAUAUUUGGGAUGGCCCAGAUGAGGAGCCGGUGGUGUGCGUUGGGCAUACCCUCACCCCACCACUCGCACUGCGUUGUGUGUUAGAAGCCAUUGAAAGGUUUGCCUUCGUGGCAUCAGAGUAUCCGUUAAUUCUUUGUAUUGAAAACCACUGUUCCCUGCAACAGCAGAAGGUGAUGUUGCAAUGUCUCAUGAAGAUUUUAGGAGAGAAGCUUUACACGGAUCCUCCACAUGACGAUGCCUCGUAUCUACCAUCACCCCAAGCCCUAAAGCAUAAAAUCCUGCUCAAAGGUAAAAAGUUGCUGCCAAGUCCUGAUGGGGAGGACGGCGAAGUAAGUGAAGAGGAUGAAGGAGCAGAAAUGUGUCGAAGAAUAAAAGCCGUAAAUAGUGGCAGCACAGCAUCAGGGGGAACUGAGAAUGACAUUAUACAGAAAAGUGUUUCUGUCACAGCUGUCACUCAAUCUAAUCUUCCUCAUAUACCUCCCCAACGUUUCCAGCUGUUGAGGGAACUCUCCGACCUGGUCACGCUAUGCCAUUCUGUCAGUUUCAUAGACUUUCCAACAUCAUCUAAGAGCCAAAAACCAUGGGAACUGUGUUCCUUUCACGAGUCUCUGGCCGUGUGUCUUGCUGGCGAUAGCCCCGGGGACUUUGUCAACUACAACAAGCAUUUCCUGUCACGGGUCUACCCCAACCCCAUGCGUGUCGACUCGAGCAACAUGAACCCCCAGGACCUAUGGAAAUGCGGUUGCCAGAUUGUGGCAAUGAAUUUUCAAACGGCAGGACUGAUGAUGGACCUAAACACCGCCUGGUUCCGGCAGAAUGGGAACUGUGGUUAUGUUCUGCGUCCAGCCAUCAUGCGGCAGGAGGUGUCUUAUUUCAGCGCUGACACCAAAGAGACGGUGCCCGGUGUGUCUCCACAGCUGCUGCAUGUAAAGGUGAUCAGCGGCCAGAAUCUGCCCAAGCCAAGAGGUUCUGGGACAAAAGCGGACGUUGUGGACCCAUAUGUGUACGUGGAGAUUCAUGGCAUCCCAGCUGACUGCACAGAGCGCCGCACCAGGACCGUGACCCAGAACGGGGACAACCCAAUCUUCGAUGAGAGCUUUGAAUUCCAAAUAAACUUACCUGAGCUCGCCAUGGUUCGUUUUGUGGUGUUGGAUGACGACUUCAUUGGCGAUGAAUUCAUAGGUCAGUAUACUAUACCACUGGAGUGCCUGCAACCUGGCUACCGACAUGUACCGCUCCAGUCCCUCACAGGGGAGUUCCUUCUACAUGCCCGGCUGUUUGUCCAUGUGGCCCUCACAAAUCGCAGAGGAGGAGGAAAACCUCACAAAAGAGGUCUCUCUGUAAGGAAGACUCGGAGAAGGAGGGACUAUACAGCUCUGAGGGAUUUAGGAGUUCGGGCUGUGGAUGAGGUUUUCAAGAUGGCUGCUCCUCUGCUGAGAGAAGCCACUGACUUAAAGGGAAACAUGCAGAACUCAGUAGCAGUGUUCAGGGAGCUGUGUGGGGUGUCGGCCGUGGCUAACCUCAUGCAGUGCGUGCUGGCUCUGAGCUCCAGAGUGUCGGGACCGGAGGGGACAUCUUUACUUCUGUUUGACUUGAGGGACCACUACCCCGCCCUGGAGCCGCAGGGGCCCCUGCCAGACGUCCUUCGCCGACUCGUCUCAACUUAUGAAACGAUGGUCAGUGCGAGCAGAGCUGUGAUCGAUCUCUCUGAUGGAAUCUACAACAAGAUCCUGCAUAUACAGAAAACUGCCAUGGAGUUUCAUGAAAAGCUGCAAAGCAUGGCCAUGAAGGAGGGGCUGAAAGGCUCCAAGGUUAGCCGAGCAGUGGAGAGUUUCAGCUGGAACAUCACCAUCCUAAAGGGUCAGGCUGACCUGCUGAAACAUACCAAAGCUGAAGUCCAGGAGAACAUGAAGCAGGUGCACGAUGCUGCUCUAACUGGAAACCUCACCAAGGAGGGAGGAGGACUAAAAAGAGUCCGUUCCCAAACGCGAAGAGGUCAGGAUGACAACACAAGUGCUACAAGCCCCCUGUCAUAGCAAGCAGAUGACCAAAGUGCCAUCGUAGGAGCUGUGAGGAAGUGCAACACCUGCGAGAGCAUCACAGUAACAAGAUUGCCAGAAAGAGAGUCUUAAAAAUGAAGCCACUAUCGAUAGACUGUUGUGCAACACCUGAGCUGAGAUGCACUGCCAGUAAAAAAACCCACGAAACAUGAUGCUGGAGAGAUGAAUGUAGUUAGACUUGAAGCCAAGACUCAGCUGUUCGUACUGUUUUAAACUGUAAAUAUACCAAAUGUUUAUAAUUCACUUCCUAUGUGUUUUGUUUCAGGUGUGUAAUGAACAUUUGUUAACAGUCUGUUAAACUGAAACUCCUGCCAAGAAUCCUCCUGAAGCUCUCGCCUCCUCUGCAUACUGCAAUAUCAAGUCAAAGGGUCCAUUCGGAUCAGAUUGCAGGAUAUUUUGCUUCUUUGUUAGAAGAAACUUUG